CCUUCAUGGGAGAUGGUCCGAUAUUAUAAGCUGUCUCCGGGCGACGUUGGUUUGUCCUUGUGGGGUCCCUCGCUCAGCGUCCAGCGAAAGGCUGUAAAGAAGGCAAAUGAACGCUUCAAGUACCCUGCGAAAGCGGUCACUGUCGGUUCGCACGAGGAGCAAUGGAGCAGCGUCGGCUGUGGAAGGGAGGACGGCGGAUGACGACGCUGAGUCGCUUGGGGAACCGGUCAGCCCCUCCGCCAGGCUCGUUGAGGAGUACUUCAUCGUUGUCGUCAUAGGCCUCGGGGCGCCCAUUAACCAAUCCAGCGGCCGCGCGGGCAUCGGUGCGACGAUUGCAUGCUACCCACGCUUUCACAGCAUCCAGGCGACAGACAAGGACGGUACUCUACGGUGGGUGAGGACAACGGUUGACCUGGACUACCACAUCAUCUUCCCCAUGCUGGACACGGCGGCCGUGUUAGUCAACCCAGACCAGGCUGUGGAAGAUUACGUGGCGUCUCUGUCCACUAAACCCAUGGAUCAUUCCCGACCUAUGUGGGAGUUCCACAUCCUCGACUUCCCGACCUCCGAGGCCACCGCAACAGCCGUGAUCCGCGUGCACCACUCCCUCAGCGAUGGCACCUCCCUGCUCAUGCUCCUAUUGUCGAGCACGCGCAGCGCCGCCGAUCCUUCCAAGCCGCCAGCUUUGCCACCGUUGCCGGCACGCACCGGUGCUAUAUACGUGCGUCCACGACCGCCAAUGUCUGCCGGCUCGCUGGCCUUCGCCUUGUGGCUUUGGUCCUUCGUCCUGCUCGCUUGGCACACCAUGUGGGACGCUGCAAUCUUUAUCUCGACCAUACUAUUUCGGAAAGAUACACAGACGCUAUUCUCAUGUACGGACCAUGGGAACCGUCGCCCCAACCGCAUCGUGCACCGAAGUCUUAGCCUUGAUGACGUCAAGUUCGUCAAGGAUGCCAUGAACUGCACAGUUAAUGAUGUGUUAGUUGGAUGUACGGAUGCUGCCCUAUCACGAUACUACUACCGGAAGUCGGGUGACAAUAAAACUGGCAAGGAGAUACGUCUACGAUCGGUCCUUGUGGUUAAUUUAAGGGCAACUACAGCCCUACACGAAUGUGUUAGUAUGAUACAGUCUGCAAAGGGAAGUGAUGUGAAAUUGGGAAAUCAACUUGGUUUCAUCAUCCUUCCAGUUCAGAUAGCCAUGCACCAUGAUCCACUCAAUUUCAUUCGCAAGGCUAAGAAUACCGUGGAUCGGAAGAAGAGCUCACUAGAAGUGGCAUUCACACAUGUUGCCGCAGAAGUCGUCCAUAAAAUAUUUGGUCGAAAGGCAGGUGCUUAUAUCGUCGAUCGUAUGUUCUCCAAUACAACUACGUUAUUGUCAAACAUGAUAGGUCCAGUUGAACAGGUGGAGUUCUGUGGACACCCUGUUGUCUUUAUUGCCCCUAGCCAGUACGGACUACCACAAGCCAUAAACGUUAACUUUAAUAGUUACGUCAACACCGUCAGGGUGGUUCUAGCUGUGGACGAAACACAGUUUCCAGAUUGUCACGAGCUUUUGGACGACUUUGUUGAAUCUCUCAGAAUUAUUAAGGAUGCAGCUGAAAAACAUGGAAGCCAUGACAUGAAGGCAUAACCGCAUUAUUAUGUGCACCAAGUUAUAUGAGUGUCUGUUGUACACAAUGCUUAAAUAAAUCUAUAAUAAUGAUGAAAAAAUUUGAAGAAAAUUUUGCAACAUCGAUACAACUUGCACGAUCUACCUUACCAUAAGAAUUCAUGUCCAAAAACAUUUAAACUGCACAUGGUAAGAAUUCCUUAUGUGAAUAGUAGUUGAAUUGUUCUCAGUUUUUAAGGUAGGAUUUGUCUUUUUUACUUGCUGUGUGAAUUAAUUUUGGAUUUGGAUCUUGUGGAAAGGUAUAUACAUAUUACGUAUGCGGAUGUUCUCAAAGUUUUCUAAGAAUAACCUAAAAUUAUUAAUGGUUUUGAGUUAUAAAUACAAUGCGAGUCAUUUGGCUAAGUCACACAGUGUACCACAU